GGCCAGAGUCUCGAAAAUCUAGCAGUUAUGCCGAUAAUCCUGGGUGAACGUACGGCUACUGUUUCCUCUUUUGCACGAAUUCAAAAUGGCGAUGAAAUUAUACAACGUAGAAUAUCCACAUUUAUUUUCGUUCGUUUAUACCGACCAAUAGAUCUCGAGAAAAAAAAAUAUAUAUCAUCGAGCCAACAGGACCGUUCAUCUCUUUAAUUCUUAAAUAAAGAUCAACACAUUUAAUUGAUAUUUAUUUAUGGGAAGAUAUGGGAUCUUUUUCGAUCACUGGAAGAAACUUGAUUUAUGAUCCGUAAAAAACAUUACGAUGACAUUAUGUCAUUCACGUUAGAAACAACGCGUGUCGUUCGCUGAGAGAUUACAAUAAAGAAGAAAAGUGUAGCCGCCAUGAAGGAAUAUCCAUUUUGGGAAAAAAUACAUGCUAUAGUUCAUGUAGGAUCGACGCAGAGUGAUUUCUUUUAAUAAUAACAGAAAUUUUGUUAAGUGGAAAAUUGACGAACAUGAACGGAACAGUUUCGGAUAAUGCCGCAAGCGAAGUUGUGUGACUCAUACUUCAUAAAAAGAAGUCAACUUUCUCAUUGCGUGGGAUACACGUUUGCGUAACUUUAGUUGUAUUUUUAUCUCUGCUAUCAUGUUCCUCGAGUUUCUCUUUGUCCAUAUAGUGGAUUCGAAACGCUACACCAUGUGUGAAAUGAAAAAAAUGCCGAAAUUUUCGGAUCAGUUUUAUUUUGGAAUUCUACACCUGUAACAUGUUCCAUGAUAUGAAAUACUGAAUGUAACAAUUUAAUUUAUUUAUAACUAAACAAACGGUAUUUACAAUGAAAAUAUUUAUAAACCAGGAUAUUUCACUUGUGUGAUUAAUUGAAAACAUACUUCCCAGAAAUCUGUUAAAUGAAUGUUUCCUGUGAUAAACACGGAUAACUUUUCCUGUAAAAAUACUCGAUGAAUCAAUUAAGAGAUCCAAUUGGAUUUAUCUGUUUAAAUGUUACAUCUAAUUAAAGAUAUAAGGAGAUUUACUUAUGAUUCAAAAUUUAAGUGUGAGUGGAUAACUGAUCUUCCUAAUGCGGAUAAAAAAAAUUUCAAGUUCUAUGAUUUUUGAAUUACUGAGAAACAAGUACAGACUCUACAACGUUUACCUAAAGCAAUAUAAUGAUGAAAUCAUAAAGAUGGAGAAAAAGGAGAAAAAGAAAAAGGCUGGGACUCCCAGUGGAAAAGGCAGUACUAAACGCACUCGAGGAAGUGCAAGAGGACGCAGUGGACUCAGGGGUAGAGGAGCUAGAGUGAAACGUAAUGUUGGGACUGUUAAAAAAGAGCAAACGUGGCAAGCUGGACAAAAUAAUAAUAACAAUGUACGUGGUGGUUUUGUGAGAAAACGAUACAAGAAAAGCACUGGUUUAACCAGGUCAAGAAGUAACUUGACAUUAAAUCAAAAAACUAAUGCACGAGGAGCGUUUAAUGCACGUCGUGGACGAAGCAAUAGAUUUGGUUUAACUCGUAGCAGAAGUCGUACAAACUUGACAUUUACUCAAGGAGGAUUUUUCACUAAUAAUAAAACUACAUUGAAACGAACAAACAGUUUACCAAAUCUACGUGAUCCAACUUCGGUUCAUAAUCGGUUGGGAUAUCAAAGCCCUGCUCAAAUUGCCUAUCGGAAUCGUGUUAAAAGGGCAAAACAAUUAUUGUUACAAAGACAAAAUCAGAGACUGUCUUUACAAAAUCAAUUCAGAAUACCUCAAGCUGGAAAAUCGUUAAUGUCACUUCAGCAAAGAUCUACAGAGAGAAGACAACAAAUUUUAACAUCUCAACGUCGUUUUACUACCGGUGGAUUACGCUCGGAUCAAAUUGCUCGUGCACAAAGACGGGCGCAAUAUGAACAAAAGUUGAUGAGAAUGAAUUCCUCACGAUUAAAUACGAAUUCAAGCGUGAACUUCAUGUGCACAUUGGGGAAUGAAUAUAGUCCAGGCACUCAUCAACGUCCUGUCACACUUGCACCAAGUCGAAAUGGGAGUGUCAUAAACAAUUUGCGCCCGUUGCCAAGAGGACGUUCACCGUUUAGACAAAGUGUACAAAGCUUAAAUAUGGUUGGUCGAGCACCUUUAUUUAGCCGACAACGUUCGAGGUCACGCUCACGGUCCCGUUCUCGCACACGUAACACGCCAUCAUCAGAUGCAGGAGCCGACGUAGAUGAUCGUACUUUCAGCGAGCUCAUGUACAGCUUAUCUGGAAAUCUUGGUGUUACCGGCAGAACGCUUAAUGAUAGAUUUAGUUUUUAAGUCUGGAAAAGAAAAUUUUGUUUUGUAUUUAGAACGUAAGACUGCUGAGGCCAGAAGUGAAUUUUUAUACUUAAAGCAUAGAUAAAAUGGUAUUAAAUGAAAAAAUAGCUCAGCUACUUGAA